UUUUGCUAGUGAUUCAACUGUGGUUCCCUUGACAACAUGACGGGACUCUUCAUGCUUUCCUAAGGUCCAGUGUUUCUCAGAGUUUUCCCAGUGAGUGUGUAGCGUGUGGAGAAGUUUGAGGGGUCCCUGUGAGCCUCAGCGUCCAGCCACCACUGUCUCUGUGCCUACGCACCAGCAUGCAUCUUACCCAGGACCCGAAAGUUGAGAUAGGAUUGAGCGAUCAGGGGUCGGUCAACCCUGCCUUUGGGGGCCCAGACAGUGAUCAGUCAGAGAGGAUUGACAUGGAUGGGGCUCACAUGGAGGGCCUGGAAGAAGGUCUGGAGGACCAGAACAAAGGCCUGGACCUGGUCUACUCCAUCAAUGAUAGGCCACCAUGGUAUCUCUGCAUCCUGCUGGGCUUCCAGCAUUAUAUCCUGGCAUUCGGUGGCAUAAUUGCAGUGCCUCUGAUCCUGGCCGAGCCUCUCUGUAUUGGAAACAACAACGCCGCCAAGAGCCUACUCAUCUCCACCAUAUUCUUUGUGUCGGGUGUGUGCACAUUGCUUCAGACCACUAUCGGAACCAGGUUGCCAAUCCUCCAGGGGGGUACCUUUAGCUUCAUCACCCCCACCCUGGCCAUACUUGCUCUGCCUAAGUGGCAGUGCCCUGACCCUAGUGCCAUGUCCCAGCAGCUUCAAAAUGCCACUGGCUCCCUGCUAACAGACUCUGAUGAGGUGUGGAAGUCACGCAUGAGAGAGAUCCAGGGGGCCAUCUUGGUGUCUUCCCUGCUCCAACUGGUACUGGGCUUGUCAGGUCUAGUGGGUCUGGUGCUGAAGUUUAUCGGGCCCCUGGCCAUCGCUCCCACCAUCAACCUCAUUGGCCUCUCACUCUUCAUAGAAGCCGGGAAGAAAUCUGGGGCCCACUGGGGAAUAGCUGCCCUGACAGUGUGCCUCAUCCUUCUGUUUUCUCAGUACCUGAGCAAAGUUGAAGUUCCUUUGAUUGCUUACAAGGAUAAGAAGUGGGAAGUGUUCCAGUAUCCUCUCUUUAAGCUGUUUUCAGCUUUGUUUGGGAUGUGUGGUGCCUGGUUGGUCUGCUUUUUGCUGACCAUCUUUGAAGCCCUUCCCUCUCAGCCGGACCAGUAUGGCUACACAGCCAGGACUGACGUGAACCUGGAUGCUGUCACCAGCGCACCAUGGUUCCACGUCCCAUAUCCAGGCCAAUGGGGCAUGCCCACAGUGAGUGUGUCCUCGGUGUUGGGCAUGAUGGCUGGCGUCCUUGCCUCCACCAUGGAGUCCAUUGGGGACUACUACGCCUGUGCCCGUCUGUCCGGUGCCCCUCCUCCGCCCACCCACGCAAUCAACAGGGGUAUCGCUGUGGAGGGCAUUGGCUGCAUCCUGGCAGCGCUGUGGGGCAGCGGGAACGGCACCACAUCCUAUAGCCAGAACAUUGCAGCACUGGGCAUAACUAAAGUUGGCAGCCGACUGGUCCUUCAGACCGCUGGUCUCCUGAUGAUUAUCCUAGGACUCUUUGGGAAGUUCGGGGCCGUUUUCAUCACCAUCCCAGACCCGGUCAUCGGAGGCAUGUUCCUUGUCAUGUUUGGAAUGAUUGCAGCUGUGGGAAUCUCCAACCUUCAGUACGUGGACCUGAACUCCUCCAGGAACUUACUCAUCUUGGGCUUCUCAACCUUCAGCGGCCUGGUGCUGCCUACCUGGUUCCACUCAAACCCAGGCAUCAUUGACACAGGGGUAAAAGAACUGGACCAGGUUAUAGUUGUUCUCUUCACUACGCACAUGUUCAUCGGUGGGUUCUUUGGAUUUGUAUUGGACAAUACGAUUCCAGGUGCACAUUUGACAGCAUCCUGUCGGGCUGUAUCACCGCCUGGAACGGCAACUGCACCACCCACAACUGCAAGGCUCUCCAGAGGGUAGUGUGAUCUGCACAACGCAUCACUAGGGGCAAACUACCUGCCCUCCAGGACACCUACAACACCCGAUGUCACAGGAAGGCAAAAAAGAUCAUCAAGGACAAUAACCACCCGAGCCACUACCUGUUCACCCCGCUUCCAUCCAGAAGGCGCUGUCAGUACAUGUGUAUCAACGCUGGGACAGAGAGAUUGAAAAACAGCUUCUAUAUCAAGGCCAUCAGAUUGUUAAAAAGCCACCACUAGCACAGAGAGGCUGUUGCCUACACACAGACUUGAAAUCAUUGGCCACUUUAAUAAAUGGAACACUAGUCACUUUAAUUAAUAAUGCCACUUUAAGAAUGUUUACAAAUCUCACAUUACUCAUCUCAUGUAUAUACUGUAUACUGUAUCCUUCACUAUCUAUUCUUUAGUAUCUAUUGCAUCUUAGCCGCUCUGUCACUGCUCAUCCAUAUAUUUAUACUUAUAUAUUCUCAUCCCAUUCCUUUACUAGAUUGUGUGUAUUAGGUUUUGUUGUGGAAUUGUUAGAUAUUAUCUGUUAGAUACUGCUGCACUGUCGGCUCUAGAAGCAUAAGCGUUUCUCUACACUCUAAAUAACAUCUGCUAACCAUGUGUAUGUAACAAUAACAUUUGAUUUGAUCUGUCUGGAUGAUGGAUGCAACUCUGGGCUGGAUGUAACAUACUUCAAAAUCAGAGUCCCCCGAUACGUCAUGCCAAAAUAAAAGUCCUGCAAUUUCCGAGAUCAAAAUAAGAGGCUCGCUUUGCCAUGCCAAAAUAAAAGUUCUGUGAUUUCCAAUUUCAAAAUAAAUUCAGAUUUCAAUGUUAUUGUUAUUGUUUUGCUUGUUAAUCUCACCAUUGCAACUGUCAACACAGAAAUACCACAAUGCUGCACACAGACGUUUAUGUAAAUAUUUAAUGCGAUACACAGAAUGAAACAGCAUGGGAAUGGCAAUGUUUUUGGGGCGGUAUAAGCAAUGCAUUCAGCUACAAGUGGGCCCCUGCUGCCCACGAGGGCUGUGGGCUUCCGAUCUCUGUAGCCGACGUGAGUAGGAUCUUCAACCGUGUUAACCCUCGAAAGGCUGUUGGCCCGGGCGGCAUCCCAAGCCACGUUCUCAGACCAUGUGCAAACCGGCUGGCUGGAGUGUUUCAAAUCUAAUUUUAUUAGUCACAAGCGCCGAUUACAACAGUGAAAUGCUUACUUACGAUCCCCUAACCAACAAUGCAGUUAAAAAAGAUAUAUAUGAUUAAGAAUAAGAAAUCAAAGUAACAAGUAAUUAAAGAGAAGCAGUAAAAUAACAAUAUUGAGACUAUACACACAGGGGUACCGGUACAGAGUCAAUGUGCGGGGGCACUGGUUAGUCGAGGUAAUUGAGGUAAUAUGUACAUGUAGGUAGAAUUAUUAAAGUGACAAUAACAACAGAGAGUAUCAGUGGUGUAAAGAGGGGGGGGGGGGGGGGGCAAUGCAAAUAGUCUGGGUAGCCAUUUGAUUAGAUGUUCAUGAGUCUUAUGGCUUGGGGGUAGAAGCUGUUCAGAAGUCUCUUGGACAUAGUCUUGGCACUCCGGUACCGCUUGCCUUGCGGUAGCAGAGAGAACAGUCUAUGACUAGGGUGGUUGGAGUCUUUGAAUAUUUUUAGGGCCUUCCUCUGACACAGCCUGGUAUAGAGGUCCUGGAUGGCAGGAAGUUGGCCCCAGUGAUGUACCCUCUGUAGUGCCUUGCAGUCGGAGGCCGAGCAGUUGCCAUACCAGGCAGUGAUGCAACCAGUCAGGAUGCUCUCGAUGGUGCAGCUAUAGAACUUUUUGAGGAUCUGAGGACCCAUGCCAAAUCUUUUUAGUCUCCUGAGGGGGAAUAGGUUUUGUCGUGCCCUCUUCACAACUGUCUUGGUGUGCUUGGACCAUGUUAGUUUGUUGGUGAUGUCGAAACCAAGGAACUUGAAGCUCUCAACCUGCUCCACUACAUCCCCGUCGAUGAGAAUGGGGUCUUGCUCAGUCCUCUUUUUCCUUUAUGGGCAUUUUCAACCUAUUACUAUCCCAGUCUGUCGUCCCCACUUGCUUCAAGAUGGCCACCAUUGUUCCUGUACCCAAGCAAGCUAAGGUAACUGAACUGAAUGACUAUCACCUUGUAGCAUGCACGUCUGUCAUCAUGAUGUUAUUUGAAAGUCAAGGACCAUGUCACCUCCACCGUACCCAACACCCGUGACCCACUACAAUUUGCAUACCACCCCAACAGAUCCACGUACGACGCAAUCGGCGUUGCACUGCACAUCGCCCUAUCUCACCUGGACAAGAGGAAUACCUACGUGAGAAUGCUGUUUGUUGACUACAGCUCAGCUUUUAACACCAUAGUUCCCAUCCAAACUCGUCACUAAGCUCAGGGCCCUAGGUCUGAACUCCUCCCUGUGCAACUGGAUCCUAGAUUUCCUGACAGGCCGACCCCAGGUGAUGAGGGUAGGCAACAACACCUCCGCCACACUGAUCCUCAACACGGGGGCCCACCAGGGGUGUGUGCUCAGCCCCCUCCUGUAUUUCCUGUUCACCCAUGACUUCAUAACUCAAUCAUCAAGUUUGCUGACGACAUGACAGUGAGGAGGUUAGAGCACUGGCGGAGUGGUGCCAGGAAAAUAACCUCUCCUUCAACAUCAACAAAACAAAGGAGCUUAUUGUGGACCACAGUAGACCGAAGAGGGAGCACACCCCCAUCCUCAUCGACGGGCCGAGUUGGAUAGGGUCAAAAGCUUCCUCUACGUGCACAUCACUGAGGACCUGUAAUGGUCUCGCCACACUGACACCGUGGUGAAGAAGGCGCAACAGCGCCUCUACAACCUUAGGUGGCUGAAGAAAUUCAGCAUGGCCCCUAAGACUCUCACAAACGUCUACAGAUGCACCAUUGAGCGCAUUCUGUCGGGCUGCAUCACCGCCUGGUACAGCAACUGCACCGCCAUCAACCGCAUGGCUGUCCAGAGGGUGGUGCCAUUAGCCCAAUGCAUCACCAGGGGCACUCUGCCUGCCCUCCAAGACAUCUACAGCACUCAUGUCAAAGGAAGGCCAAGAACAUCAUUAAGGACCUCAAUAACUUGAUCCACGGACUGUUCACUCGGCUACUGUCUGACAGACGGAGACAGUACAGGUUCAUCAGAGCCAAGACAGAGAGACAAAAAAACAGCUUCUAUUAUCAGGCCAUCAGACUUUUCAGCAGCCAUCACUAGCCAGGUGAUACACACUCACUCACACAGAACACACAAGCUAUCACACACACACACACCUCAUAAUCACAAACACACUAACAUUCACACACACACACACACAGCCGAUGCUCAUGUCACAUAUAAUAGAGACAUUGAACUACUGGACACUUCCUGUUUCACAUUGUGUAUUGAAAUACUGAAUCCCCGACAAAGCUGUUUCUAACAUUUCUACUACUGUACAUUGUAUUUUAGUUACACUGUUUAUACACACUGCAUAUUUAUUUAUAUACUGGAUUCUUGACAUACUGUAGCUGUACCUAUCAUUCUUUGUAUAUCUUGUGUAAAUUCUCCCAGUGUACAUAUGUGUAGAUUGCAUUUUGACAACUGCUACAGUGUUAUUUGGGUUGUUAAUUGGAUUCGUCCCAACGUUCUUGAUUUCUUGUUUCUUUUGUAUCAUUAUGUAUUUUUUUACGUUUUAAUUAUUUGUGUACUUGUUUGACAUUCUACUGCAUUGUUAGGAGCUAGUAACAUAAGCAUUUCGCUGCACCCACUAUAACACCUGCUAAACUGGGUACGCCACCAAUAAACUUUGAUAUGAUUAUGGAGCACAGCUGCAAGCAACCCGAUCGUAAUGCCCGUGGUAAAUUUGGUUUGACUUUGGAUAUCCCUAUGGGGCUAGUUAGGGACGAUCAGUAAAUUACACAAUGUACAUGGGACAAUAUUAAACAUCAAACCAACUAUAAAUUGUAAGAUUUCGUAUACAAAUAUUGAAAGCAUUUAAUGAGAAAAUUAAAAGAAAAUACUGUCCCAAAUCUCGUUCAGUCGCAUUUCUCAUUGAGGAUAAUUGAAACCGAGGCUAAAUCAGCCAGUUCAGUCCUCUUUAACCUCAACUGCCCCAAGGCUUAGAAAUCCUUCUUUAACCUGUCUCCUUCACUUCAUCUAUACUGAUUGAAGUGGAUUUAACAGAUUACAUGAAUAAGGGAUCAUAGCUUUCACCUGGAUUCACCUGGUCAGUCUACCUUAUGGAAAGAGCUUGUUUUGUACAAUUAGUGUAGAUGGACACUCCACCCACUUUUUAUCUUAUAACAUGUAAAUACAUUAUAAGAAUUUAGCUGUCAUUAUCAGCGAUCAAAUAAUUUAGACAAGUUUCUAACAAUACCAAGAUUUCAGGAUUUGUAUCCUCUACCCAAAUGUCAAGUCAAUGUUCGACAUUAAUACUCGGCACAUUUUAGGUGCACCAAUCUGAGCCCUUUACGCGACUUGAAGACAGAUCUAUCCAUUAUCAUCAUCCAACUUUGAUCAUCAUCACAAGUAUCCAUCCAUCAUCAUCAUCAUCAAGCUUUGAUGAUUUGAAUCAGGUGGGUAGUGCUAAGGUAAAAACAAAAAUGUGCACCUCUUUGGGUCCCCAGGACCAGGAUUAAGGACGGGAUUCAAUCCGUAUUGCAGAAGUAUUGCGGAAGAUACGCGUUAUAGCUCCAAAUACAAAUGCAAUGUUCCCACGUUCGCACAGACUGCAUUCAUGGUAAACGCUGCAUAUGUCAGCUCAAUCAUAAAUGAAAUGUACAUUUUAACGUGGAUCUAAGGGUUGAAUCCAGCCAUAAUAAACACUGCUCUAAACAUUC